UCAAUUUGGUCCUGCCAUGGGAUGGACGUCUCGUUCACACUCAUCUAAGGCAACUGCAAUUCUAACUUUCCCGGAAACCAAACACCAUCGUCCACUUUGAUUCAUAUCUUUGGCUCCAGAUAAAUUCCUCUUCCGAUCCUCUCCCGCCAUCCAUGGAGUUCUUCAGCAAAGCCAAAGCAGUUAGACUACGCAGCCACCACGACAAGUACCUCGUCGCCGAAGACGACCAGGAAACAGUCCGCCAGAGCCGCCGGAGAGGAUCGUCGAGGAACGCGCGGUGGAUCGUCGAGCUCGUUGAAGGUGCCGCUGCCGUCCGCCUCAAGAGCUGCCAUGGCCGCUACCUCGCCGCCGCCGACGCACCGUUUCUUCUCGGGAUGACCGGACGGAAGGUGCUUCAGAUAACGUCUAAGGACUCGGCGACGGCGUGGGAGCCGGUCAGGGACGGGUUUCUGGUGAGGCUAAGGGCCGGCGACGGCACGUACCUGCGCGGGAACGGCGGCACGCCGCCGUGGAGGAACUCCGUCACGCACGACAAUCCUCACACCGGCGGCACGCAUAACUGGAUUCUGUGGGACGUGGAGGCGGCGGAUAUUCCGGAGGACGAGUCUUUGACGGAUUAUUUGUCGAUCAUUUCGAGCUUCUCGUCAAUUUCCGGCGAAUUGUCCGGCUUGGAACUUGCGUCACCCGUGUCCGUUCGCUCUGCAGCCAGCUCUCCUAGGGUUUCUACGAGGAAGGCCGGAAUGGAUCUCUUCCGCCCCGCCAAGGCGGUACGCCUCCGGAGCCACCACAACAAGUACCUCCACGCUGACGAUGACGAGGAGUCCGUCAGCCAAACCAGGAGCGGCUCCUCCAAGAGCGUUCACUGGACAGUCGAGUUCGUCGAAGGCGUCGACAACAUAAUCCGGCUCAAGAGCUGCUACGGCAAGUAUCUUACCGCCUCCAACCAGGCUUUCCUGUUCGGGAUGACGGGCCGGAAGGUCCUCCAGACCGUGCCGCCCGGCCGGCUCGACUCAUCCGUGGAGUGGGAGCCGAUUCGAUACGGCUACAGUAGCCACGUAGUCAAGCUCAAGACUCGCUACGGCAACUUCCUCCGCGCCAAUGGCGGCGUUCCGCCGUGGCGCAAUUCUGUUACUCACGACGUCCCCCACCGCUCCGUCACGCAGGACUGGGUGCUCUGGGAGGUUAACGUCGUCGAACUCGUCGUCCACCCUCCCAAUUCUCCGGCUGCUGUUUGGCCAAACCCGCAUUUGGAUUCUUUGGCUUCUGAAGCGAGCUCUCCUUCCACGAAUUCCUCCAAGUCCGCCAGUUUCGGAAGACAAGAGUCUUCUGAUUCUAUGGAUGCUUUGCCCAAGGCAUCAGCUGAUGGUCGGACUAUAUACUACCAUGUUGCCGAUGACUAUGGCAAUGUUAGUGAGGAGGAUUUGGAGGGGCAUUGCAUCAUGUUCAAGGGAAAUGGGGUUGAUGAAUUGAGAUACAGAUUGGAGCAAGAGACAGGUCUUCAGGGCAUUAUUGUAUGUUCCCGCAGUCCUUUGGAUGGGAAUCUGCACCCCCUUCGAUUGCAGCUUCCUCCCAACAAUAUGACUAUGCAUGUUGUCAUAAUUGAAUCAUCGUCAAAAGUGGCAAGAAACUUGGCAAAACCAGAAAUUCCAAUGUGAAAUCUUGUGGGAGAGUUCGUGCUUUUGCUGGUACAUACACGCAUUCUGCUUUAGGCCUGUAAUCAUGCCUUGCUUGAAUAUGAUGAACUGCUUGACUGGCUUGCCUGUGCAUCAUCUCAAUCCAGUGGGUUUGUUGUUAUACAGCAGAAGUUAUAUAUUGCAUUGAACGGGAGCGGCAAAAGACAAUUAGCAAUGCUAGUUGAAUAAACGUGUAUAGCCCCAUUGACAACUACAAUCCUUUUACCCUUUUGCAUUAAAAUUUUUUGGCUUCUCCUCUAAUGCGUUUCUUUACUGGUUCAGGCGUAUUUAAAGAUGCGUGCUUCGGCUAUUAUACAUGUGAACGGAUUUAAUGGAUAUAUAUAUAUUUAAUCUCACUCAUUUCUUGAGCUGGAGAACAAUCUUUUCUCAA